AUGGCCACCGGACAGUUCGAGAUGGAGCCCGGCGAGAUUGACCCGUACGGCUACGUCAUCGCCGCCAUCGGAUUCGCGUGCUUCACGCACUUCUACGGCAGCAUCAAGGUGAGCCUGGCGCGCAAAAGGUUCAACAUCAACUACCCGAAGCUGUACGCCGAGUCGUCGGAUGCUCACAACGUAGAGUUCAACUGCGUUCAGCGGGCACACCAGCAGACGCUCGAGUGGCUCGCGAUGUGCCAGCUUCUCGCCGCCGUCAAUGGCAUGGUUUUCCCGAAAGCCGCCGCGUUUUUCCUUUGCAUCUGGACCGUGGGCAAGCUCCUCUACAUCCACGGGUACUCCAGCGGUAAGCCGAGCGGCAGGCACUUCGGAGGGAUGGUCGCGCACAUGGGGGACAUUUCUCUGGUGGUCAUGAGCUUCGUGUCGGCGAACAAGCUCCUCGGCGGGUUAAUCCCGUAG